UUCCAGUAGAUAGGCCAAACAACGUCCGUCGAUGUCGAUCAGAACAGAAGGAGUUAAAUAAUCCUAAGGGGCAACACAAUCAGUCGUUGACGUCAGUCCCGUACUAUAAGAGGUUGUUUUGCAUACUUGCUGAGAAAAAGGCAGUCAACAUGGCAGAAGGUGGCGGUGUAGAUUAUAAAACCUAUUUUGUACAGCUCAUUAAGAUUUUGGAGACCAAUCAAGAAAUGAAAAAAAGUAUAAAAGGUAUUUUAAAGCAAGUAGCAUAUGGAGCAGGAGGUACAGCAGUUGGCGGAGUGUUAUUUGGGGCUGCUGGAGCGCUUGUUGGGGGAGUAGCUGGUUCACUGAUUGGCUACAUGUCAUCUGAUGAUUACCAAAGUAUGAUCAAAAUAAUGAUAAACCUUAGCGACAGCAAGAAAAAGGAACUAGUUAAGAAGGUACAGGAAUUAGUGAGGAGUGUUCUUAUAGAUGCUCUUGUUCAAUUUCUGACGUCAGAGGAGAACCGAACAGCAUUGAUACAACUCAUCCUAAGACAUAAAUGAACUGACCUUUAAACUUUCGCUGCUGGAAAUGUAAUAAGCGUCCUGUAAUUUUUGAAAUAUUUUCCCACAUUGAUAACAACAACAAAAAGAUUCAAAGAUCAAUCUUGUCAUGUACGAUUCUAGGAUACAACGGUGUAGAUUUAUAAAGAGGACACAACUUGUUUAAGUCAAGAUAAUACAGUAUACGUGUAUCACAUGAGUAUCAAUAUAAUGUCUAUUUUAUUAUAUUAAUUUCGAACAGAUAUUGUAUGUUUCAGCAAAAAGCAGGUACAGUGUAUAUUGUGCACUUAUUUUGUUUAAGAUUCUAAUGAAACAAACGAAGUCAAUUUCAGACUUUCAACAUUUAUAAAGUUUAUCAUAGAAAGGGGGAAAAAAAAUUGAAUGUAUCAGAGCGUCUAUUCUUGUUACAGAUGUAAGUAUCAUUAGUUUCGUCUUUGCCAAAUUAAGCUUUAAUUGUAUUGUAAAACAACUGGUUAUAUUUGAGAUGUAUCCGAGUUUUGUAUUGGACUACUAUCGUGUGCAUGUACUAAAUAAUGUGUAGAUAAAUUAUUGCUGUUAUUACGAGGCGAGUUCACGAUUUUUUUUACAUACAAAUAGAACAAUGCAAGUUCUAUAGAGUCUAUGGUAAUGGAUGGGUUUACUUACACCACACACGAGAAUACAUCAUCACUGCUUAGUCGGGCUUGUUAUAAUGACGUUGAAAUACCUAGUCAAUAUCAAUGUUUCAUAUAACAAUUUUUGAGAUUUUUGAAAAACUACUUUUAGGGAUAAUCCAAACUUACGAUUUUCAAAACAAACCCGAAUUUUAUUCUGAUCUAUAUUAAUAUAUACUUGUAUUCUUCUUUUUCGGUACAUGAAAAAAAGUAUAGUGGCUGAGAAAAUUGGAAAUGAAUCAAACGGACAUCGUGAAAUAAUAAACACACACAUCAAGAAACGUAUAAUAGACUAUACAUAUGUCUGAUAUAUAUAAGCGUAAUGUCUAUUGAACUAUCAUCUGACAUGAAUUAAAGGCAUUGCAUUUUA